CUUUUUUGUUAGCUCUGAGAAGCUGCCAGACUAGGUGAGAAGCAAGCACUUUUCAUCUUGUGGGAACUCUUGCCACGUCUUGCUUGAGAGCGUUUCUCAGAUUGUUGUUCCUGGAAUCUCAGUGCUAUGGGACGCAUGUGUCUGCCCCUGCUCUCAGGUCUCAGUGUCCUGCUGGCUCUGUCAGGAUCGGAUGCAGAGAAUUCUGGAGCUUUCUGUCCUCAAUGCCCUGACAAUGCCAGCUGCUACAACAGCACCCACUGUGCUUGUAAAGAUGGAUUUCGUUCCACGUCUGGGACGAGAUACUUCAUCGAGUCCUCUGAGGAAUGUGAAGAUAUUGAUGAGUGUAAGAUUGGACUGGCAAAGUGCAAAGUGAUAUCAUACUGCAUAAAUAUAAUUGGAAGUUACUACUGCAGCUGUGUCCCAAAUUACCCUAUACUCAACUGGAUGGCUGCUUUCAUUAAAUUGAAUCAUUCAGACUGUCAUGAUAAGAACCUCCAAAUACCCUUUUCCACCAAGACAAAGGAGGAAAUUCUGAGGAACAAUGGAAGCAAAGAGUACAUUGCAAAACAGGCUACCCAACUGCUUCAAAGCAUGGAAUUAACCAUAUGGAAUCAGAGUUUUGCUUCUCCAGGAAAGCAUGAAAAUUCCAUGUUCGACAUAGUCUAUGAAACCAAGAUGUGCAAUGAGACAAAUGAGAAGAUUCUUCUGGAAGCUGGAAAUAACACAAUGCAUAUUGACUGCACUGAUGCUUUCAAAGGAACCACAAGAGAUAGGAGUGCAGUUGCAUUUAUCACUUAUCGAUCUCUUGGGGAUAUUCUGAAUGGAUCCUUUUUUAGUGAUAGAAGAGGGACAAAGGAAGUGAAACUGAACUCUCGUAUUGUGAGUGGCACCAUUGGUGUGAAGGAAAAGGUUUCUCUGUCUGAACCUGUAUUCCUGACCUUCCAACAUACUCAGCCUGGUGGGGCAAGAACGAAAUAUUUCUGUGUCUACUGGAAAGGAUCGGAGGAGGGGGGCAGCUGGUCAAUGGAGGGCUGCUCUCAUGCGGGCAGCAACGAUUCUUACACCAAAUGCAAGUGCUUCCACCUUUCCAGCUUUGCUGUACUCAUGGCUCUUGCUCCCAAGGUGGAUCCUGUUCUGGCUGUGAUCACCUGUGUGGGACUGAGCCUCUCUCUGCUAUGUCUCCUCCUGGCAGUCCUCACCUUCCUCUUCUGCCGACCCAUCCAGAACACCAGCACCACCCUCCACCUGCAGCUCUCCAUCUGCCUCUUCCUGGCCCACCUCCUCUUCCUCACAGGGAUUGAUAAAACUGAGCCUGAGGUGCUGUGCUCCAUCAUUGCGGCGAUGUUGCACUAUCUCUCCUUGGCCUCCUUCACAUGGAUGCUCCUCGAAGGGCUACACCUCUUCCUCACUGUUAGGAAUCUCAAGGUGGCCAACUACACCAGUGCAGGCAGAUUCAAGAAGAAGUUCAUGUACUCUUUUGGCUACGGGAUUCCAGCUCUGAUUGUGGCCGUGUCUGCAAUAGUAGGACACAAAAAUUAUGGAACGUUCACUUACUGCUGGCUCCAGUUUGAUAAUGGGUUCAUCUGGAGCUUGAAGGGGCCAGUGGCAGUCGUUAUCUUGAUAAACUUGGUGUUCUACUUCCAAAUUCUGUGGAUUUUGAGAAGCAAACUUUCCUCCCUCAAUGAAGAAGUUUCCACCAUUCAAGAUACCAGAGUCAUGACAUUUAAAGCCAUCGCUCAGCUAUUUAUCCUGGGCUGUCCUUGGGGCCUUGGUUUUUUUAUGGUUAAAGAAGUCGGGGAGACAAUCAGAUCAGUUGUUGCCUAUGCAUUCAGCAUCAUCAAUGUCCUGCAGGGCGUUUUUCUCUUUGUGGUACACUGUCUCCUUAAUCGCCAGGUGCGAAUGGAAUACAAGAAAUGUCUUAGUGGAAUGUGGAAAGGGGGUGAAAUUGAAAGCACUGAAGUGUCUCUCUCAACUAUCCACACCAAAAUGGUAAGAUCAGCUCUUCUGCGGUGCCAUGUUCUUGUGUGA